AUGGAAACUUUUCAAGGAGACGUAGAUAGAUAUAAUGGAGUUACAGUGGAUACUCGGGAAGAAGUUUUUAUUCCUGAACUAUUUCAUGACAAACUAAUGGAUUCCCUACAAAAAUGGCAUGAUGAAAGCAGGAGAUGUAUUUGGUUCAAAGUUGAUAUCAAAGAUGCAGCAUUUGUGCCGAUUUUAGCUAAUCAAGGCUUCAAUUUCCAUCAUUCCAGAGACAGCUAUGUUAUGAUGUACAAAUGGCUGCCGACAGAUUCUGUUUCUAACUUACCACCCGCCUGUCACACCAAUCUAGGUGUCGGUGGUAUUGUCUUGAAUGACAACAAUGAAAUACUUGUCGUCAGAGAAUUACAUAUUAAAUAUCCACAUUGGAAACUUCCUGGUGGUUAUGUUGAACGAGGCGAAGAUAUAAAAGACGCUGCAGUUAGAGAGAUCAAAGAGGAAACCGGUGUGGACGCGACGUUUGAAACAAUGGUCACACUGAGGCACGCUCACAAAAUGAUGUUUGGCAACUCUGAUAUAUACGUCGUUGUCAAACUGAAAGCUACUUCCACGGAAAUAAACAAAUCCGAUAUAGAAAUAAAAUCAUGUAAAUGGAUGAAAAUAGAUGAAUAUAUGAACCAUCCACACGUUCACGAGUUCAAUCGUUCAGUCGUACAACAAGCGUUGGAUCUGGACACACGAAAGAUCAAGUUGGACCUCAUCAAAGAAAACCACGCCGUUGUAAACAAAGAAAUCACCGUUUUACGUAUACAAGAUAAAGAGGAAUGA